AUGCAUGCCUCUAUGAGUGAAGUUUUGAGUGACCAAUCUAUCGAGAUUGCGUCACCCAGUGAAGCUAAUGCAGAUUUCAGUCAAGUCGAGACUGCCCGUCGGCGAUCAACUAGUCCGACGUUUCUACGUGCGCUCGGCUUGAUGAAGGUUACAGCAGUUACGAGUGUUCCAUCUUCUAAAUACCGCGGUACCGACACCGAUAAGAAAGUCGGUGGCUCUCAUACUUCUACGAGUAAGAAAUUGAAACAUUCGCAUAAGAAACGUUCCCAGUCCCAAUCAGUCGCAGCAAAGAGCACUGCAGUGAAAACUUUUGUGGUGAAAAAAGAACAUGUUUCGAAACCUAAAGGCCGAGCGGAGAAAAGGAGCCAUGCCACAUCAUUUGACGAACGUCGAAGCAUACCGGUUGUCGUCUCUAAGAAGAUUCGGAAGCCUGCAGCUUCAUCUACUGACAAGCCGACCACCAAGAAGCAUCAGCGUAAAGCGUCGACGCCAGCAAAGAAAGUUUUCUCUUCAGCGCCAGAAUCUACCGUCAAGCCUGCUAAGAACCUUCUAGAGUUAACCAAUCCUGCUGAUGUAGGCUGUUUCUGGGGUGAAAUAGUAGAAAGUGACUUCAAGUCGCUGAACUAUACCACGCUAUUGAAGAAUAAACAAUUCACUGAAGAACAAGUCCAGGCUAUACAAAAAUCAUUUCAGCAUCUAUCACGAACGUUUUGUCGCAGGCCGACAAAACGUGAACGUUUCAUGAAAACACAUGAAUGUAUAGAAUGUUAUUAUUCAGUAUCUCAUGAGUGCGUGGCCAUGGAUUCUCCAGAAUACUGGACCUUUGGCGGUAACGCUCCGUGUAUAGAUUUGAUCACCCCUGACGAUAUAACCAUGUGCCUCUGUAAUUUUACCAUCUUUCAUUCCCACAAUAUACUACCAAAGUCCAAGCGUGAAUUUCAUUUGAUUCCGCCAAGUCCUCCACCGAGUCCUCCACCGAGUUCCUUGCUGUUGGUAGAAAAUAAUCGUUCUGCGAAAUUGGAAUGUCCCAAGUGCUACAUGACCAUAACCAUAACAAACCGCAAUAACGCCGUUUGCUCCGGUCUGAUGAACUUCACCAGUGUAGAUGGCCGUAUUCGUAGAAGGUUCUUCGACUAUGUUUAUCAAAAUCUCGAUUGGGAAACAAGAAAUCCUCCAGCUUUAAUCUGUAUCAUCACCGCGGGCCCGUCGGCCAGGCCGACGCCCGUCCGUUCCCUGUCCAUUAAAGCUAGCGCGACACCGGCCCGGGGCCGGCACCUCCACCUCGAGGUAUCGCAUCUCGCGGACCUCGACUCGUCACAACAGGUACAUCACAAAAAUAGGCGAGCGAGCGCCGCCGACUCGCGUCUCCCCGACCCGACCGAGCCGCUCGAGUCUCGCACCGGAGCGACACUCGAACGAAUCUAUGUACAGACUUACAAAAUAAACGAUCUCAUAUACGCGGCACAUGUUCUCUUUCCGAAACGCGAGUCUCCUCCGCGACGCUAA